AUGGAAGAUAAAGAAGCAGAGCUUCUCUGUACACUCGCCGCAAACCAUCUCUUUCUAGCUCAAUUCGAGCCGCUCCGGGCAGUUCUACGCAGUCUCAGAGCUCGGAAUCCUGAAUUAGCUCGGUCAAUUUUGCAGACCAUCGUUGCCAAAGGCGGGCGGUUCGACUCAAUUCUCUGGACCCGCCAUUCGUGUCCUUCCCCGUCCCUCCUUGCCUUCCUGUCAACCCUCGAACUUCUUCAAUUCGGCGAUCCGGUGUCACAUAUUUGGUCUUUUGAUGAAGUUGGUUUGAAAUUGAGGGCUGAGUUCUUGUUGUAUGUUCAAAUUGUUAGCUACAGGGUGUUAGAGAAUAUUAAAAAGAAUGUUGAAUCGGAGGGUAGUGGCAAUGCUUCUAAAAAUUUUGACACUCCUGUUGAGUUUUUGGCCAAGGACGAGAGAAUUAGGGGCUUGGAUGCAGACUUGGGGGAGUGUUUGAGGGUUUUAGAUAGGAUUUCUGAUGUGGGAUUGAGCCGUUUGAGACCUGACUUGCUAAUGGCGGCAGUACACGGGGAGGAUGAGGAGGUUUCAGAGGUUCCUGCAGAGGUUGGAGAGGAGGAAAUGAUGGUUUUGCAGGGGGUUAUAUUGGAAAAUGGGGAGAUUUUCGAUGUACUGUGUUUAAAUAUUGAGAAGCAAAUGGGUUCAGUUGUGAAAGAAGAUUCAGGGAUGGCGAUUACCUUGAGGUCAGAGGGGAAACAUAGAGAAAUUGAGGACAAGGUGCUAAGGUUGAUCCAAAGAUGUGUUCAGCUGGCGCAUUUAGAUGCUAUGAAGGAUUGCAUAGAGAAAAAUGACCUGGAUGGGUCCAUUUCUCAUCUAAGAUAUCUUCAUCUUCAUUAUGGAGUGGAGGAGACGGAGUACCGAAUGGUUCUGCAAAGUCUCCUUCGGAAGGUCUUGCUUGGGAAGGACAGUUACGGAGACAACUGGUUUCAGUUGCGAGAUAAAUUGUUGUCAUUUUAUGGAGAAGCCCUUUCUUCUAGUUGCAUCCAUCUUGUUCAGAAGAUUCAGGUUAUCCAAGACGAGUUGCUAGUAGCAGAGAUAGAACUUUCUAAAGCUUCUGAAACUGAUGGGGUUCAUUUUCCAUUCCAUCUUCUUCGUAAGUGUACAGCAAAUAUGAGCUCCGACACGGCUUCAAAUGACAAUACUGUAGGGCACAAUAUUGUUUCCUCUGCAUGCAUUAGAGAUAUGUUCCAUUAUGCUCGCGUGAGUGGCUUGCAUGUUCUGGAGUGUGUAAUGGAUGCCUCUCUUACUGCUGUACGGGCAGGACAACUCCAAGAAGCUGGCCAUAUUCUCUCACUCUUUCCACGACUUCAACCACUUGUUGCUGUCAUGGGCUGGGACCUUUUGUCUGGCAGAACCAGUUUAAGGAGAGAACUUAUGCAGCUUUUGUGGACCAGCAAAUCACAAUUCCUACGAUUGGAAGAAGCCCCUCUAUAUAGUAACAAGUCAGACGAGGGUUCCUGUGUAGAACAACUUUGUGAUCUAUUGUGUUAUCAGCUGGACCUGGCUUCCUUCGUCGCCUGUGUCAAUUCUGGUCAAUCAUGGAAUCUGAAAAUGUCAUUAUUAUUAUCAGGCAACGAUUUGAAAGACCGCAGAGAUGCAGAUGCCCAAGAAGACCCGUUUGUUGAAAAUUUUGUGCUGGAGAGACUAUCUUCUCAGAGCCCCCUUCAUGUAUUGUUUGAUGUUGUUCCAAGCAUAAAAUUUCAGGAUGCAAUUGAGCUCAUAAGUAUGCAGCCAAUUACUUCAAGCCUUGCUGCGUGGAAGAGGAUGCAAGAUAUUGAGCUUAUGCACAUGCGAUAUGCUUUGGAGUCUGCGGUUUUUGCAUUGGGAACAAUGGAGAACUGUACAAAUGUUCAAGCAACAGGGAGUGAAAUAGCUCUGGCCUAUCUGAGGGACCUAAAGAACCAUCUGGAUGCAAUCCGUAACGUUCCACGCAAGAUCAUGUCAGUGAACAUUAUCAUUUCACUUUUGUAUAUGGAUGAUCUCUCUUGUAAUUUGGUACCUCUGUCUGUGAAUGGUUCUGAGGAGGGCAAUGUUUCAACUGGGGAUCAAGAAGAUUCUUCCAUUCUUGAAAUGGGUAACAAGAUGGUUGUACAGUUUACAGCUCAAUUACUUGAUAUUUUGCGCCAGAAUCUGCCAUCAUCUGUGUCGGAUCCAGAUGAUACUUUAGACAACAACAUUUCAUCUGGUGGAAAGCAGGCUUUGGAAUGGAGAAUUUCACAUGCAAAACAUUUCAUUGAAGACUGGGACUGGCGCUUAUCAAUUUUGCAGCGUCUUUUGCCAUUGUCCGAACGUCAGUGGAGAUGGAAGGAGGCCUUAACAAUUUUACGCGCUGCUCCAUCUAAAUUACUAAAUCUUUGCAUGCAAAGGGCGAAGUAUGACAUAGGAGAAGAGGCAGUUCAUCGUUUUUCUUUGCCUCCAGAAGACAAAGCUACUCUUGAAUUAGCUGAAUGGGUGGAUGGUUCCUUCGAACGAUCAUCUGUGGAGGAUGCAGUGUCACGUGCUGUAGAUGGGACUGCUGCCCAAGAAUUGGAUUUCUCAUCUUUGCGCUCUCAAUUAGGGCCCUUGGCAGCAAUUCUCCUAUGCAUUGAUGUAGCUGCAUCAUCUGCAGUGUUCAAAAGUUUAUCUUUAAAGCUUCUGAACCAGGCUCAAGUUAUGCUUUCUGAGAUCUAUCCUGGUGGUUCUCCAAAGAAUGGAUCAACUUAUUGGGAUCAAAUUCACGAAAUGGCUAUAGUCUCUGUGACAAAGCGUGUCCUUAAACGCUUUCAUGAGUUAUUGGACCAGGACAAAUAUCCUACCCUUCAGGCCAUUUUCACCGGGGAGAUGAUUUUAUUGAUCUCAAAGGAGUUCCAAAGACAGGGGCAUAGAGAACGUGCCCUUGUUAUGCUCCACCAGAUGAUUGAAGAUGCACACCAGGGAAAAAGACAGUUUCUUAGUGGCAAGCUUCAUAAUCUGGCUCGAGCAGUUGCUGAUGAAGAGACUGAAAGGGACUUCGUUGCAGGAGAAAGUCCGACUCCUGUAAAGACUAGGGAUUUUCAAUCUGGUCCGAGUGUUGUUCUUGGUCUGGGAUUAAGAACACUGAAACCAUCAUCUUCAGUUUUACCAGCUGGUGAAAACAACAUUCUUCCCAAUAGUUAUGAUGUUAAAGAAACAGGAAAGAGAAUAUUAGGCCCAUUCACUUCCAAACCUACCACAUAUCUGUCAGUGUUCAUCCUCCAUAUUGCUGCCAUUGGGGACAUUGUUGAUGGGACUGACACUACUCAUGACUUCAACUAUUUCUCGGUCAUUUAUGAGUGGCCUAAAGAUCUUUUGACUCGAUUGGUUUUCGAACGAGGCAGCACAGAUGCAGCUGGAAAAGUUGCAGAAAUUAUGUCGGCUGACUUUGUUCAUGAAGUGAUUUCUGCAUGUGUCCCUCCGGUAUAUCCUCCUAGAUCGGGUCAUGGUUGGGCAUGCAUUCCAGUUGUUCCUACAUUUUCCAAGAGUUAUCCGGAAAGUAAAAUGCUCUCACCUACGUCUAGAGAUGCUAAACCCGGCUCUUACAGUCGUGCUUCGGGAACUCCAGGAACACCUCUAUACCCUCUCCAGUUGGAUAUUCUGAAACAUCUUGUUAAACUAUCUCCAGUGCGGGCUGUCUUAGCAAGUGUUUUUGGAAGUUCUAUACUAUACCGUGGUGGUGAUCCAAUUGUAUCUAAUUCCUUGGAAGAUGACUCGUUAAAGACACCAGAUGCAGAUAGACUAUUUUUAGAAUUUUCUCUUGAUCAUUCUGAGAGAUUUCCCACUUUGAAUCGCUGGAUUCAAAUGCAAACUAACCUUCAUCGUGUGUCGGAGUUUGCUGUUAUGUCUGAUGAGACAACUAGCAACCCUGUAAAAAAGACCGAAUCAAAAACUGCGGUAAAGAGAUAUAGGGAACAUGAUAGUGAUACUGAAUCUGAAGUUGAUGAUUUUAUUGCCGGGAAAAAUAUUUCAUCAGCACAACCGGAGCAAAAGGAUCAAACUUAUAGGCAUCCAGCAUCUCAGCAUGAUUCUCCUCCGUGGAAAACAUCAGAACACGAUUCUACUGUUUUUCUUUCGUUUGAUUGGGAAAAUGAAGCGCCAUAUGAAAGGGCAGUUGAGCGGUUAAUUGAUGAAGGGAAAUUAAUGGAUGCACUUGCUCUGUCUGAUCGCUUCUUGCGCAGCGGUGCCUCAGACAGGUUGCUUCAGCUGCUAAUCAAACUUGGGGAACAAACCAACCCGGGAGCAGAGCAGUUUCAAAGUUUCUCAAGCCUCCGAGUAUGGAGUAGCAGCUGGCAGUACUGCCUUAGGAUGAAGGAUAAACAUCUAGCUGCAAAACUUGCGCUCAAGUAUUUACAUCGAUGGGAGCUGGAUGCUGCUUUGAAUGUGCUCACGAUGUGCAACUGCCAUUUGCUAGAUAAUGAUCCAUUAAAAGCUGAGGUUUCUCAAAUGAGAGCUGCUCUCCUUAGGUAUAACCGCAUACUUUGUGCAGAUGACCGCUAUUCUAGCUGGCAAGAGGUUGAAACAGUAUGUAAGGAAGAUCCUGAAGGUCUGGCUCUGAGGUUAGCUGAAAAGGGAGCCGUGUCUCCUGCUUUAGAAGUGGCUGAAAGUGCAAGCCUCUCCAUCGAACUGCGGAGAGAACUACAAGGUCGUCAACUUGUGAAGCUUCUUACUGCUGAUCCUUUGAAUGGUGGGGGUCCCGCAGAAGCAUCACGUUUCCUUUCCUCCUUACGUGACAGUGAUGAUGCUUUACCGGUUGCAAUGAGUGCAAUGCAGCUUUUGCCUGAUCUCCGAUCAAAGCAGCUUCUGGUUCACUUUUUCCUCAAGAGAAGAGAUAGCAAUUUAUCAGAAGCUGAGGUUUCCCGGCUUAACUUGUGGGCAUUGGGCCUUCGUGUCUUGGCUGCCUUACCAAUAUCAUGGCAACAAAAAUGUUCUUCCCUGCACGAGCACCCACACUUAAUUCUUGAAGUUCUGCUGAUGAGAAAGCAACUGCAAUCUGCUUCUCUGAUCCUUAUAGAAUUCCCUUCUUUGAGAGACAACAGCGUAAUCCUUGCAUAUGCUGCAAAGGCUAUCACCAUUAGCAUCAGUUCUCCUCCCAGGGAAACUCGAGCUGCGGUCUCAGUUCCCAGAGCAAAACAAAAAACACGGAUAGGGACUCCUACUCGGUCAUACAUUACUAGCAGCCUGAGCAACUUCCAGAAAGAGGCUCGCAGAGCAUUUUCUUGGACUCCACGCCAAUCUGGGGAAAAGACUGUUCCAAAGGAUACUCCAAGGAAAAGGAAGACAUCUGGAUUAUCACAACAGGAAAGGGUAGCCUGGGAGGCAAUGGCAGGAAUUCAAGAAGAGCGUGUUGCACCUUAUUCAUCAGAUGGGCCGGAAAGGCUUCCUUCUGUCUCCAUAGCUGAGGAGUGGAUGCUCUUUGGUGAUCCGGUGAAGGAUGAAGCUGUUCGCUCUUCAUUUCGUUAUGAAAGUGCACCAGAUAUCACUCUCUUUAAGGCACUGCUAUCGCUGUGUUCUGAUGAGAGUGUGUCAGGGAAAGGUGCUUUAAGCUUAUGCAUCAAUCAGAUGCAGACUGUGCUAAGCUCCCAGCAGGUACCUGAGAAUGCAUCCAUGGAAACUAUUGGCCGAGCAUAUUAUGCAACUGAAACAUUUGUUCAGGGUCUUCUAUUUGCUAAGGGCCAGCUUAGAAAGUUCUCUGGAGGACUGGACUCUAUGAGUAAUUUAGAAAGAUUUAAGGAUGCUGAUGACACAUCUUCUGACGCUGGCAGCUCUAGUGUGGGUAGUCAAUCAACAGAUGAGCUAGCUGAAGUACUGGGACAAGUAGAAGUGUGGCUUGGGCGUGCUGAGUUGCUUCAAAGCCUUUUAGGUUCUGGUAUAGCUGCCUCAAUUGAUGAUAUUGCUGAUAGAGAUUCUUCUUCUCGUCUUAGGGAUCGACUGAUUACUGAAGAAAGAUACAGUAUGGCAGUUUAUACCAGCAAAAAGUGCAAGAUUGAUGCUUUUCCAGUGUGGAAUGCAUGGGGACAUGCUCUAAUCCGUAUGGAACAUUAUGCGCAAGCUCGUGUCAAAUUUAAGCAAGCUUUUCAACUGCACAAGGAUGAUCCAGAAUCUGUGGUUCUGGACAUCAUUAAUACCAUUGAAGGAGGUGCACCGGUUGAUGUCUCCUCUGUUCGGUCCAUGUAUGAACAUUUGGCGAAAAGUGCUCCAGCAAUAUUAGAUGAUUCCCUUUCUGCUGAUUCCUAUCUCAAUGUUUUGUACAUGCCAUCUACAUUUCCACGUUCGGAGAGAUCUAGGCGAUCUCAAGAAGCCGCAACUGAUAGUUUGACAGAAAAUUCUGAGCUUGAAGAUGGCCCCCGAAGCAAUCUAGACAGUGUUAGAUACUUAGAAUGUGUUAACUACUUGCAAGAAUAUGGACGUCAACAUUUGCUUGGUUUCAUGUUUAAGCAUGGCCAUUUUAAAGAUGCCUGCUUCUUGUUUUUCCCUCCAAAUUCGGUUCCUCCACCUCCACAGCCGUCUUCACUUGGAACGGUCAAUUCUUCUUUGUCUCCACAAAGACCUGAUGCUUUAGCAACUGAUUACGGAACAAUCGAUGAUUUAUGCGGCUUGUGCAUUGGAUAUGGUGCCAUGCCUGUUCUGGAAGAAGUGAUAGCGGCGAGAGUUCCAACUUCAGAGUCACAAGAUGCAUCUGUGAAUCAGCACACUGCUGCAGCGCUAGCUCGCAUCUGUCUCUACUGUGAAACUCAUAAGCAUUUUAAUUUUCUGUACAAGUUUCAGGUGAUUAAGAAGGAUCAUGUGGCAGCUGGUCUUUGUUGUAUUCAGUUGUAUAUGAACUCCUCCUCUCAGGAGGAAGCUGUAAGUCACUUGGAACAUGCCAAGAUGCACUUUGAAGAAGGGUUGUCGGCAAGAUAUAAAGCAACUGAUUCUACUAAGGUGGUUACCAAGGGCAUUCGAGGAAAAAGUGCUUCAGAGAAGCUUUCUGAAGAAGGGCUCGUCAAAUUUUCUGCUAGAGUUUCAAUCCAGGUGGAUGUAGUGAAAUGCUUUAAUGCAGAGGGACCACAAUGGAAGUACUCUCUCUUUGGGAAUCCAAAUGACCCUGAAACAUUUAGGAGAAGGUGUGAGAUUGCUGAGGCUCUUGCUGAGAAAAACUUUGACCUGGCCUUCCAAGUGAUUUAUGAGUUCAAUCUCCCAGCUGUGGACAUAUAUGCAGGAGUUGCUGCUUCCCUUGCCGAAAGGAAAAAGGGUGGUCAGCUAACAGAAUUUUUCCGAAACAUUAAAGGUACGAUUGAAGACGACGAUUGGGAUCAAGUUUUGGGAGCUGCAAUUAAUGUGUACGCCAACCGACACAAGGAACGUCCUGAUCGUCUCAUUGACAUGUUGACAAGUAGCCACAGAAAGGUGCUGGCAUGUGUUGUAUGCGGUCGGCUUAAGAGCGCCUUCCAGAUAGCCUCUAAGAGCGGAAGUGUUGCUGAUGUUCAAUAUGUAGCUCACCAGGCAUUACAUGCAAAUGCACUUCCUGUUCUUGAUAUGUGCAAACAAUGGUUGGCUCAGUACAUGUGA